UCGGAACCAUGAUUGAUUCGUUCAAUAUCCUGACCUGGGCUCUUACGAUACGUCCGUAUGUGAUUGAAGUCAUGCAGCCCUCACUCAUCUUCAAGGCACUCCUUUCCUUUAUCGUUAUUGCGGCAGCAUAUCCUACACCAUCGGGGAUGAAGCUUUCUUCUUUGGCUAGGCGUGGCGGGCUUGGCUCUAACCUUGUUGGUUAUUUGGACACUAGGUCCCCCAACGAUGUCAGUCAACCUAGCAUGCACAGCGGCCCUCUUAACAGCGACGUUAAAUACUCGAACGCUCGGGCCCCCGACAAUAGUCGCGACAGAAAUCCUUCGAACACUCCUUCCGCUACUUCUAGUAAUUCUAACUUCAGCAACUCUGCUAAUAGCGAUGCCGAGUACUUGAGCGUUCGGGCGCCCGGCGACGACACUAGUCACCCCAGUGACACCUCUAACUCUUCUAACACUGCCAAUGGCAACGGCGAUGAGAGCGAUGGUGACGAGGAUGUUAAAUCGUGAAUCGCGAGGAGUAAACCAGACGAAAGAGGGUCCGUGACUGUUGAGGGGCGAGGGAUCAUACAACGUGGUCAGCAUCACGAUCCAUCCGUCCUGUAUCUCUAUUUUUCAUUCACUAUCAUGAUUGAUACCCGUUUCCGCCCAAGUCAUUCUACUUCUUAACCUUUUUUGAUAGACUUUUUAGUAUGACAUUGUUUCCACUCAGUUUUUCGAACCAAGAUUCGGGCCUGAGGUUCCGUUUUUCUGUUGUACAGUUGUAGUUU